ACAUGGCCGAGCACGAUCAAACUGUUCUAGAUGAGGAGCUUACGAUCACUUCGCCCAGAAUACAGAAGCUGACGAUGAGCGCUAGCCAGCGGACGAACUUGAUGUGUUUGAUGCUGAUCGCCGUCGGUGGCGUGAUCAUUAUGUCCGCUAUAGCGUUCGGGUUCUACAUGACGGUUCCUGCGUCAGUCCUCUCGGAGCAAACAUCCAAUACGAUCGUGCUAGAGCCAGCAACGGUGGAAAUCCCCGACGAACUAGAAGAUAUCCGUAAAAUGUACUUCAAAACGGAAGCACAAGACAUCAUGAUGGGAUCGCUGCAUCUGCUCGAGCUAAUGAAGGAGUUCGAACCGAUGCUCGAGCGUCACCGGCACCGGAGGGAUGUUGGUGAAGUCGUACCGAACCGUAUCACGCGUGGGGAUGAUCGUUCCGAGGAGAUCACGUACGGUGUUAGGCGGCGGGUGCAGCGAGAGUUCGAUCUGGGAAUGGUUCCGAUCGUGUACCGAGGUGUUGUAGUAGGGCCGGAACCACCGAGAAGUGCUCGGUCAAAGCGGCAUGCUGUUUCGCUGGAUGAACUGCAGCGGGCAAAGCGCAUGGCAAAGAGGGAUUUCCAGCGCUUGGAGAAGGAGUACAACCGGUGUCGUAAGGAAGCGCCGAAUGGGAAACUGUGCGAUCAAAUCUACGAUAAACUGCAACGGCUGUCGGAGGAGAUGAAUGCCCGGUUUAUGGAGAUGGCUAACUUGCUGCAGGGGUUUCACGAGAUGGGAUUAACUACUGAGCAGACCACUGUGUAUCCGGAAGACUUUUUUAGUAGUACUGAGGUUAGCUCGGAGAGUGUCACAACAUCCGAACAGACUUCUACUAGCGUUCGACCGGAGAAGCACGCCCCAAAGCACGAUCCAAGGAUAACAACUGUAGAACAGUUGGUUCAUGAACUAAAUAUUACGCCAUUAGUCCCGGAAGAGUGGAUGAGUACUACUACGCAGCAGAUAAGCACUAGCACCGCGACACGAUUGCCUUUUGAUCCGAGCCUUCACAAUCCGGUGGAGAAUAGUUCCAUAAGAAAUCUGGACGAUCUGUUUGAUCAUAUGAGACUGAGUGAUUCUCUCGCAAAUUUAACUCCCAACGAUAGGUGGACCACUGAGCAGAAUCGGGAUCUUUUUGAGUUAGAUGGCCAUUCUAGUUCCAGUCCUCCGACGACGGUGCAAAGUUUCGCUCAUUCAACGUCCACUAAACGUUGGACUACUACCAAAAGUCCUUUGCAAGCCGCUCGGAACCUGCAUGAUGUUGUCGAUCAGCUGCAACUUGCUCAGAUGCUUCAACCUCACCCAUUCCAUGAAGAUCUCCUACUAAAUCCGCCGGAAAACAUUAAUGAGUUCGUAAUGUCACGAUCACGCAACCGCGAUCACAUGCAUCACGACCCUGCCCAGGCGGAAACGGAUUUAGAUCCUGCUAUCGAUCCGUUACGAUCGGCGCACCAUCAACAACAUCUGCAACAGCCGCAGCAGCCUCUUGUCGUGGGACCGAGUGCCCCAUUCCUUAGCCUCUGUGAUCAACUCCGAUCGGCGGGCAGUCACAUGAAACCGGUCCACCAGGGCAGUUUCCAGCAUACACCCGGUAUUCCGAUAACCGGUGAAGCGACUAAAGCAUCAUCCCAGAUCAUCGUCAAUUCAGCUUACGGUGCUGGAUAUGUCCCUAACACGGUUUGCUUCUACCAAAAUGCUCCUCCGGUAGGAGCACAGACGGCGUACGCUUUCCGACCAGCCACUGCCCCUGGACCGUACGUGUAUCCGAACGGAGCAUAUCCACCGUACCAGCAGCCACCACCUCCACCGCAGCAUCAUCAUCAUCAUCCGGGCGCCGGAGGUAAGCUUCCGUUGAAUGAUCCAGCGAUCGAUGCUCUCAUUCAACCACGCAUUCCCGAAGCGAUGAUCAAUAUGCCGGUCAGCAUCCAGAAUCUCCAUCACGCUGGUGCGCGCGUUCCGGAUGGUUCUGCCGAUCCGAACGGUCCCUAUCUUCUGUGCUCCAUGAUGCACAACACGGACGCUGCAAGUCACACUGACGCUCACGUAACCCAACCACCAGUGCGUCACCAGCACAUGGGAAACGAAACACGCCCGGAAUCGGAUGAUCCCGAGGAUUUGGUAUCGAUAUUUGCUGCGGGUCAGUCUCUAGCUGCAAGGGCCAAAGGUCGCCAUCACUGUCCCCGUGGUUGGGUUUCGUGCUUUAGCUCGCAUCAGUGUGUAAAACGAAGUGUUUGGUGUGACUCGAAGACGGACUGUAUGGACGGCAGUGACGAGAGUGCGUGCUCCUGUGUGUCCCGACUGCCGAAGCGUAAGCUGUGCGAUGGAUACGCCGACUGUCCGCUCGGUAUGGACGAGAUGGGUUGCUUUGGGUGUGAAAAGUUCUCGUUCUCGUGCUUCCACACGCAGGAUGAGUAUCGGGCGGCCCAUCGGUCUGGGUCGAUGUGUUACACGCUGCUCGAAAAGUGUGACGGAUUCGACAAUUGUCUCAACCGGAAGGAUGAACAGGACUGUACGAUGUUGGUGAGAAAUCUGGGACACUAUCUUGCCUACUCGGUGCCACACUCGUCCGGUGUUUUGCAUCGGAAUUACCGUGGCAAGUGGUAUCCGGUGUGCAAUAAUCCAUCCCAAUGGGCACGGGAAGCGUGCGACGCGGAGGUUGGACCACAAGAUCGUGAACCGUUGCUGAGCCACGGACAGGGUGGACUUCCGGGACCGUACAUCAGCCAGCGUGCGAACAGUGAAGUGUCCCAGCCGGAGUUUAGCGAAGGAUGCAACGGGUUGUACGUACACGUCAAGUGUCCGCCGGUGCGCUGCGGUACAAGUAAGCUACAGGAACAACACUUCUCACGUAUCAGUGUCCGGUCGAGGCGGGACGCGAACGAAAGUGAGCUGGUGGAGAGUGUGCGCAUCGUCGGUGGAAGUCAUGCCGAGCCGGAAGCGUACCCGUUCAUUGUGGGCAUCUUCCGGGAUGGCAAGUACCAUUGUGGUGGUAGCAUCUACAACGAGCAUUGGAUCAUUUCAGCGGCUCACUGCUGUGACAACUUCGAUCAGCACUAUUUCGAGGUGCGGUCGGGGAUGUUACGGAAGCGUAGCUUUGCCCCACAGGUUCAGAUUACCCGCGUGACACACAUGAUCAUUCACCAUGAGUACAGCUCUACACUGAUGGCGAACGAUAUUGCGCUGAUGCGUGUUGAGAAUCCGUUCCACUACAAUCGCUGGGUGCGUCCGAUCUGUCUGCCCGAAAAACAUCGCACCACAAACGAUCGCGAAUGGAUGUGGGGACCUAAACCGGGCACGGUCUGUACGGCUAUCGGAUGGGGUGCUCUAAGGGAGCGUGGUGGUGCACCUGACCAUCUGAUGCAGGUUUCGGUACCGAUCUUAAGCUACUGCAAGCAUAAAUCCGAUCGCGACAGUCUGCAGAUCUGUGCCGGCGAAGAGGAUGGAGGUCAUGACGCGUGCCAAGGUGACUCGGGUGGACCGUUCGUUUGUCAGAGCCAAUCGAAUCCGGCUGAGUGGUACCUGGCGGGGGUUGUGAGUCACGGUGAAGGUUGUGCUAGAGCUCACGAGCCUGGUGUAUACACGCGUGUUGCACUGUUUAUCGAUUGGAUCGCGAAGAAGGUGAAAACACCACUUACGGGCCGUACCGCUCGUACAGAUUGUCCGGGAAUGCGAUGUAUCUGGGGUGGUGGAAUCUGUUUGCCACCUGGUAAGAAGUGUAACGGAUUUGUCAACUGUCUUGGAGGUGAAGAUGAGUCGGGCUGUACGAUGGAUCAGAUGCUACGCUCAAUUUCCCAACGAGAACAAGAUGUGGAUAGUGAGGAGGAACAGCAGGAGCAGGAUGUUGUCACAGAGAGGGCUUCGGAAGUGCACCAUGCUAGACAGCUGGAUGAAACGAGUGCUAGUACGGAAUCUACUACAACCGGAUUAUUCACUUCAGAAGAAUCCACCACGCUCACCGUACAUGAGGCAAGUGUGGAAGCUCAGGAAAGUAUGAUAGUGACCCAUACUGUUCAAGCAGAUCCUGUGACAAGCACAACUCCUCAGGAGCAAAUAUCGACAGAACCGAGCACUACCCUAUCAAGCGCGUCUGAAGAGCCGUCGACAGAAUCCAGCUCAAUGGAACCAACUACAACAGAGGUCACAACGGAGGAAGAGAGUCCAAGCUCAACAAAUGAACCAACAACACCAUCCUCAACAAUCUCAAUAACAACUGCCGAUUCUGCGAUCAUUUUCCCCACACACGAGAACGAGCAAGACCAGCAAGGGUUCGAAUUUGUCGCCCCAAUUACCUCCACCACAACGGAAGUCAUUUGGAAGGCUUUGGAGAAAACGGUCAAAGAGGUACGGGGACAAGCGCGGGCAGAAAAUGGAUCGUCAUCGGUCAACUCCACCACAGAACAGGCUCCACUGUCGCCUGCGGACGAUUCACUAGAGCAACCCGAUCAUCCAUUUUUCAACGAUCUUGAAGUAAUGCAACAGCAGAAACACAAACGUGUGGCCGAGUUUCGCAUGACCGUACACAAUCUGCACACGAAAACGAAUGUACAGCUGGUGCAGCCGAACGAUACGGCCCAGUAUCGUCAGUUCUCAUGCAGAAAUAUUACCCAGCGUAUUAAUGUGGCGCAUCGAUGCGAUCGGAUCGUUGACUGUGAGGAUGGAAGCGACGAGCUGAACUGUACGUGCCGGGACUUCCUGAAGGACAAGUUUGAUUUUCUCAUCUGCGAUGGCAAGACGGACUGUCUCGAUCAUACGGAUGAGCUUGGUUGCAUGAACUGCCAGGUUGGACAGUACGCGUGUCGGAUCAGUCAGGUGUGCAUUCCUAACGAGCAUGUGUGCAAUGGACAACCGGACUGUCCGCUGCACGAGGAUGAACUGGAUUGCUUGGCUCUUACGGAUGGACACCGGGUGUACUUCGAUGCGAACAAUCUUACACUCUUCCGUAACACCGGAAUCGUCACGAAAAACACAAACGGCACUUGGGAAGUUCUGUGUGGCGCGGUACUAACAGCGAAAACAGAGCACGCUGUCGAGAAGAUUUGUUCAUUUUUAGGAUUUGCUGGCUAUCAGAACUAUUCACUGCUAUCUAUCACACCUUCGGAGCUUCCUACCGGACUACUCGUAAACACCGCAGAACACCACUACGUCAACAUAACAGUCGAUGCCACCUGCCAAGCAUUGCGUGUAUCCUGCGUACAGCACAUCAAUGCCACCGAGCACGACAUUGCACACUUCGAGCACAAACACAAGCAGGAACCGGUGCAGGUUAACAUCCGGCCGCUUAAUCCGAUCCAUCGGCCCCACCACAUGCCGCAGAUUGUGUUCCAGGAAAAUGCGCACAUCGAGCUGGUGGAAAACUUUGGCGAUGAUUACGAUUGGCCGUGGAACACGAACAUCUAUCUCGAUGGGGUACUGAUCUGCAGUGGGUUGAUCAUCGAUGCGAGCUGGAUUAUUGUGGCCGGAAGCUGUACACGGCUGGUGAACUUGAAGCACCAGUACUUGGCUGUGGUGGCCGGUGGUGCCAAAUCGUACCUGCACAUUGAGGGACCGUACGAGCAGGUGGUGCGGGUUGAUUGCUAUCACUACAUACCGGAAGCAGAAACGGUCAUGUUGCAUCUGGCCAGCAAGCUUAACUUUAGCCGACAUGUGCUGCCUACUUUUGUGCCCGAAAAUGAAAACGUCACGGACAGUGAAUGUCUUGCGGUGGGACAGGACAAAUAUGGCAGAACGAAAACAUUACGAGUACAUCUAAAUGGAACCAACUGUCAAGGGGAACGUGUGAGAUGCUACCACAAGGAUCUUAAGCAACCGUACUACCAUCACGAAUCUUGCUAUACACCUGAAGCGACUCGUUCCGGUGUGAUUGUGUGCAAGACAAAUCGUUCCGGUUGGUAUCCGGUUGGGUUCUACCAGCACAAGCGAGGCCUUUGCGGGUUCAAUGAAGUCGUCCGUGUGACAAGUUUGGUAGAAUCGUACCAGAAGAUCCAAAACGUGCUGCACAAUGAGCAGUGCGGUGAUCAGCUGUACGGCGAACCGAAAUGUGCCGGAAAGCGUUGCCGGUAUGGGAAGUGCGUCGGGGAGAAGCUGCUGUGCGAUCGUAAACCGGACUGUAGCGAUGGGUCCGAUGAAAGUCCGGCACUGUGUGCCACACGGAAUCAGACUACUAACUGCUUGCCACACCAGUUACGUUGUGCAAAUGGACGAUGCAUUGACAAGUCUAGCUUCUGUGACCGGAAGAAUGAUUGUGGAGACUCAACGGAUGAGCCUCACGAUUGUUCGUGCUACACUUAUUUGAAAAUCACUGACCCGGGAAAGAUCUGUGAUGGAGUGCGCAAUUGUUGGGACAAAUCGGACGAAAACCCUCGCGUCUGUCGCUGCCAUUCGACUAGCUUCCGAUGCGGCGAAUCGGACAUUUGCGUACCGUACGAUUUUGUGUGUGACAAAGAGCGUGACUGUCCCGAUGGUGAGGACGAACUGUACUGUUAUGCACUUCAGCAAAACUCCUACGAAGCCGGUUACGGUGAGCUGAUGGAGCAGAGUUACGGCAUCUGGCACUCAAAAUGUUUCCCAAAGACGGCCCAAUUUGAUGACGAGUAUAUGCGCCGCAUCUGCGAACAGCUCGGCUACAGCCAGGUAAGAAAGAUCUACGGACGUGCAAUCGUGGAAGGUGCCCGGUUGCGGACCGCCAACGAAUCGGAAAGCGCCUCCGAUAAGCUGCGCCGUGCGGCUACGAAAACGGUCGUGCAGAACAAAUUCUCCAAGGUGAUCAUCAACCAGAACCACACGUUUUACAUGAAACCGAGCAGGCCAAUGUUUAAGGUGAUCAACUGGAACUACGAGGACGAACAGAACUGUCACCGGCUGGAGUUGCUGUGUGCAGCAUGA